AGCACCCCUGCCACAGAGAUGGACCCUUCCAACUAACCUGAAAACGAGGCUCUUCUUGCGCAUGCGUCGUGGGUGAGGGACGAACACCGGUCGGCAGCCAUGUUGUCCCGUACAGCACUUUUCGUGCCAACAUGCACUCAGGUGCGUGGUAUGGCAACACUGAAAGAAAUUCGGAACAGACUAAAAUCUGUGAAGAAUGUACAAAAGAUCACCCAGUCCAUGAAGAUGGUGUCAGCAGCCAAGUAUGCCCGGGCUGAGAGAGAACUCAAGCCUUCUCGGCCAUACGGAACUGGUGCUAAUGUUUUUUAUGAAAAGGUGGAUAUAGAACAGGACAAAGAGAAGCCAAAACACCUUGUGGUGACCAUGGGCAGUGAUCGUGGUCUGUGUGGGGCCAUGAACUCCAACAUCAACAAGCUGCUGAAGAAUUAUGUUAAGGACCACGCUGACAAGGAGAUCAAGUUCAUCACACUGGGAGACAAGGCCAGGCAAGCCCUGUACAAGACACAUUCAGACUAUUUCAUGCUGACCUUUGCCAACUUUGGAAGACAGCCUGCCACUUUUGCCGAUGCUGCGGAUGUAGCAGAGUCUAUCAUCAACAGUGGCUAUGAGUUUGAUGUAGGAGAGAUCCACUUCAACGAGUUCAAGUCUGUUGUGGCGUAUAAACUGCGUCCGUUGCCACUACACUCCCUACAAAGUGUGUCUGAAGCAGACUCGCUGGCUGUGUACGACAGCCUGGAUGCCGAGGUGAUCCGCAGCUAUCAGGAGUACCAGCUGGCCAGCGUGCUGUACGCCUGCAUGAAGGAGACCAACUGCUGCGAGCACAGCGCCAGAAUGACUGCUAUGGACAGUGCCACAAAGAACGCAGGGGAAAUGAUUGACAAGCUGACAUUGACCUUCAACCGCACCCGCCAGGCCGUCAUCACCAGAGAGUUGAUCGAGAUCAUUUCUGGUGCUGCUGCUCUGUAGAAAUGUGUGUCCACUCGGCUUUCCCUGGAGGUUCCCCCUCUUCCUUCUUAGAUUUCUACUGUUAAAUUCCUCAUCUAUCCUACAGAAGAUAAGUCUUAUAUACCACCUUCAUGUAUCUUAAGCUACAGUCAUAAAAAUGUGAUCAUCUGGAGUUGACAUGAGGUUUUCUUCUCAUGUUUCUUAAUUGAAAGAUUAAUAUAAUAACCAUAGCAGCAUACACAUUGUUGCAAAAAUAUUUCAACAUGACAUAGACAUCCUGUAGUAUCAGAGGGGAAAGAACUAUCUAAUGGGAAGCUGAGGUUAAGUAUUUGUCAGUUUGCCAGUUCAACCUGGAAGAUUUUGAAUAGUAAAACUUUGAAAGACAUAACUUAUAUCUGCCUGGUAUGUGGGUUCCACAUCUGACUGGCUGUACACUCAAUAAAAUGUUCUGUGUGGAA